AUGUACAUUCGAUCUCUUCGUUCAACUGGUUCAGCUUUGUUUCACUUUGCAAACGCUGAAAAAACCACUCAUCUUAACCACCAUCUUCCUCCUGACCCUCAACCCAUUCUUCCGCCGCGAGCUCCGUCGCCAAUGCCGCCGCCUCCUCCACCGCCGAUGAGUCCGAGUAUCAGUUCUUACACAUGGACUUCCGGGACGGCUUCCCCGGCUCUUCCACCGCCACCGCCGCCACCCCCACCGCCGCCGCCGGUGAUUUCUUCCGGUUGGGAUUUCUGGGAUCCUUUCAUGCAGCAACCGCCGCCGCCUCCUUCGUCGAGGUCAGCGACGGAGGAAGAGUGGGAAGCCACUACUACUACUGGUUCUGAGGUGGUGGUGAUGGCCGGUGGUGCGGCGGCGAGUAUGGCGACUCCGGCGUCUGGUGUAGUGGGGUAUUCUAAAGAGACACCAAGUGAGCUUGCAAUGGUGGUUUCAAGGAACAGUAAAGAUCUUGUUGAAGUUAUCAAAGAGCUUGAUGAUUACUUUCUUAAAGCUGCUGAUGCUGGUUCUCAUGUUUCAUUUCUGUUACAAGUUCCAAGUUCUGGUUUUUUUGUUCAUAGUAAAGCAAUGGGUGCACGAGGAAGAGACGGCAAAAUCAUCCGAAUUACACGGGACACUGAGACUUCUACAUCGACUCCGAUGAAUCCCCCAGAGAGGAUUCGACCGACAGCUUCAAGGAGAAGAAGACGUAUGAUUAUUGAAGAUGAUGAUGAGGGACAUAAUGAUCAGGGGGAGCCUUCUACAGUGCAUGAGGAAGAUGUGGUACAUGAGCAUAUGGUGCACGAGCAGGUGGAUGUACAUGAGCAGGAGGAGGCUGCACCUGCUCAUGAGGGAGAGCAUAUGGAGGAGGAACAUGAUGGACCUGAGGGACCUGGUGAGCUCACACGGUAUCCUGGAGGACCUUAUGAUUUGUAUGUCCUUACACGAUACCGUUAUCAUGUUUCAGCUAGACUAUGGUUUGGCGAGGAGCGACCAUUGCUGAAAAUUGUUGCGCAUGGGAAGAAAAUGCAACAAUUUACUCCGCCGGUACUUCCGCGACCCAUAGAGAAUUGGGUGAAUUUGUCUGGUCUGAACCCAUUACAACGGGGUAGUUUGAAGAUGAUCGACAACAACUUGAUAUCUGCCUUUGUUGAAAGAUGGCAUUCUGAGACAUCGUCAUUUCACAUGCCAUUUGGUGAAAUGACGAUUACUUUGGAUGAUGUUGCCAAUCUUCUCGGAUUGCCUAUUAGGGGUGAGUUCUACAGUCCACCCGAUGUAGAUAGAGUAACAGCAUGUAAUCUUGCCGUCCAUCUAUUAGGAGUGACCACGGAAGAGAUCUGGGAGGAGACCAGAAAGACUAGAGGUGCACACUAUAGAUUGGAUUGGUUGAAGGAGGUGUUCAGAAGGCAGUGUGCAGCAGAGAGGUUUGACUGUGCUGCUAGGGCAUAUCUGUUGAAUUUAGUCGGGAGUACUAUUUUCGCUGAUAAGAGUCAUACUCUAGUUGAUGCGAAGUACCUCCCUUUAUUCAGAUAUUUAGAUGGUAUAGAUAGAUAUGCAUGGGGUACUGCUGCACUAGUGGUGCUUUAUGACUACCUCUCAGAUGCCUGCUAUUAUGACACCAAACAGCUAGGUGGAUACAUGACGUUGCUUCAGUGCUGGAUUUACGAAUAUUUUCCGAAUAUUUGUAAUAGAGGUGAUCAGGGUGCUGACGUGGAAUGUUUUGCCCGAAUGAAUAGAUGGUGCUAUAAGCAAGGCAAGCAUAAGGUCCACGAAUACAGAAGUAUUAUUGAUGCAUUGACACCUGCAGAUGUUAUAUGGAGACCAUGGGAGAAUCACAGGGGUGUCAUUCCUUUUGAUGAUAUCACACUUUAUACUGGUCACAUUCGAUUAUGCAGCACUGUAGCGAAAUAUCUACCAGAGAGGUGUUUGAGACAAUUCGGAUAUAUCCAGUAUAUUCCUUCACCGCCACUUCCAGAUCCUGCUAGAUUAUUUGAUGUAGAUGUGGAAUGGUUGGGAUAUGUGACGCCAGUGACAGAGCUAUUUCCCAAGCUUCGUCCAGCUACAUAUCCAUCUGAGUGUGAAGAUGGAUAUUUGGAGUGGUUCUAUCAGGUGUCUCAUCCACUGCUGGUGCGACCAGAUGGUGUACCUCAGGUCCCACGUUAUAGUGUACCGCCCACCAGUGCAGAUGCUUCUAGUUCACAGCCGCCACCUAUCCUACAGCAGAUCGGUGAUCUUAUACAGCAGGGGUUGAGUGAACAUCAAGCUAGUCCAGAUGAUGAGUUGUAUAGGCACUUUUAUAAAGCUUUGUAUUUAUCACGUAGUCGCACUAGUUAGUAGUAACACUUUUGUAACUGUUGUUAUGUAGGUUAUUUUAUGAACACUUUUGAUGAA